GAGGAGCCGCGGCGGAGCUGGCCAUGGAGCACGUGACGGAGGGCUCCUGGGAGUCGUUGCCCGUGCGGCUGCACCCGCAGGUGCUGGGCGCGCUACGAGAGCUGGGCUUCCCGCACAUGACGCCAGUGCAGUCUGCCACCAUCCCUCUGUUCAUGAAAAACAAAGAUGUCGCCGCUGAAGCAGUCACAGGGAGUGGCAAAACACUUGCUUUUGUCAUCCCCAUCCUGGAAAUUCUUCUGAGAAGGGAAGAGAAGUUAAAGAAGAGUCAGGUGGGAGCCAUAAUCAUCACCCCCACUAGAGAGCUGGCCAUUCAGAUAGAUGAGGUCCUGUCACAUUUCACGAAGAACUUCCCUCAGUUCAGGCAGAUUCUGUGGAUUGGAGGGCGGAACCCUGGAGAAGAUGUGGAGAGGUUUAAGCAACAAGGUGGGAACAUUGUGGUAGCAACGCCUGGCCGCUUAGAGGACAUGUUCCGGAGAAAGGCUGAGGGCCUGGAUCUGGCCAGCUGUGUGAAAACCCUGGAUGUCCUGGUACUGGAUGAGGCAGACAGACUUCUGGACAUGGGAUUUGAGGCAAGCAUAAACACAAUCUUGGAGUUUUUGCCAAAGCAGAGGAGAACAGGCCUCUUCUCAGCCACACAGACACAGGAAGUGGAGAACUUGGUGAGAGCUGGCCUCCGGAAUCCUGUCCGCAUUUCUGUGAAGGAAAAGGGUGUGGCAGCCAGCAGCACCCAAAAAACACCCUCCCGUCUGGAGAACUAUUACAUGGUAUGUAAGGCAGAUGAGAAAUUUAAUCAGCUUGUCCAUUUUCUUCGAAAUCAUAAGCAGGAGAAACAUCUGGUCUUCUUCAGCACCUGUGCCUGUGUGGAGUACUACGGGAAGGCCCUGGAGGCCCUGGUGAAGGGUGUGCCGAUCCUGUGCAUUCAUGGCAAGAUGAAAUACAAGCGCAACAAGAUCUUCAUGGAGUUCCGUGGGCUACAGAGUGGGAUUCUGGUGUGCACUGACGUGAUGGCCCGGGGAAUUGAUAUUCCUGAAGUAAACUGGGUUUUGCAGUAUGACCCUCCCAGCAAUGCCAGUGCCUUUGUGCAUCGCUGUGGUCGCACAGCCCGCAUCGGCCAUGGUGGCAGCGCUCUGGUGUUCCUCCUGCCCAUGGAAGAAUCCUACAUCCAUUUUCUUGCGAUUAACCAGAAAUGCCCCCUGCAGGAGAUGAAGCGCCAGAGAAACACAGCAGAUCUACUACCGAAGCUCAAGUCCAUGGCUCUGGCUGACAGAGCUGUGUUUGAGAAGGGCAUGAAAGCUUUUGUGUCCUACAUCCAGGCAUAUGCAAAGCAUGAAUGCAACCUCAUUUUCAGGAUAAAGGAUCUGGACUUCGCUAAUCUUGCUCAAGGCUUUGCCCUGCUGAAGAUGCCCAAGAUGCCAGAGCUGAGGGGAAAGCAGUUUCCAGAAUUUGUGCCUGUUGACAUUGAUACAGACAUGAUUCCAUUUAAAGAUAAAAUUAGAGAAAAGCAGAGACAGAAAUUAUUGGAGCAAAAAAGAAAAGAGAGAACAGAAAAUGACCCUAGAAGAAAAUUCGUCAAAAACAAAGCUUGGUCUAAACAAAAGGCCAAAAAGGAAAGGAAGAAAAAAAUGAAUGAGAAACGGAAAAGGGAUGAGGGUUCUGAUAUUGAAGAUGAGGACAUGGAGGAACUUCUCAAUGACACAAGACUCUUGAAAAAAUUUAAAAAAGGCAAAAUUACUAAAGAGGAAUUUGAGAAGGGGUUGUUGACAAGUGGCAAAAGAGUCAACAUGGCAGACUUGGGGAUCUCAGACGAGGAAGAUGACUGCUGACCCAGGCCUCAGAUGAAGCAUGAGGGCACAGCUGCCCUCACUGAGAGUCCCCUCCUGUUCCCCUUUGGGAUUGUUCCAGAAAGGUGUAUUCAAAUUGUGAGAAACAAAGGGAUAACAUAUUUUUGAAUACUUCACUAAAACUUCCAGUGUUGCAAUCUCACAAAGUUAAGUAUAAAUCUAUUUGAGUGCUAAUAGCUGUCAGUAUUUAUUUCGAUGGGUUAUGAAUUAAGGAUCUUCUCCCUCCCCAGGUAGGGCUGACCUAUAAUUUACUAUGUAGUCUCAGGGUGGCUUCAUACUCAUGGCAAUCCUCCUACCUCUGCCUCCCAAGUGCUGGGAUUAAAGACAUGCCCUACCAUGCUCAACUCCCAGUGUUGUUUUAUUGGUGCAUAUCUGAAAACAAGGAAGCAAGUCAUAUCCUGACAAAUAAUUACCAUGGCAGUGUUUAUGCCUUAUAUGGAAUAAAAAGUCUUUGAAAGCAA